UUUCAUGUUCGGUUGUUCAUUCUGUGAUUUUCGCUUCAGAGUUGAGAAGAAGGAACGCCAUUUGUGAUGACGGAGAUGUGGUGGUAGUGUUGUCAUUUAUAGCUAAUUUCUUUUUCGAAUUAUUUGGUCGGCGUGAUAUAAAAACAUUGAAGAAUGGCAGAAUACCUUGCGUCAAUUUUUGGUACAGAAAAGGACAAAGUUAAUUGUUCAUUCUACUUCAAGAUAGGGGCAUGUCGCCAUGGCGAUCGGUGUUCCAGAAUACACAACAAACCAACAUUCAGCCAGACCGUGCUGCUGCAGAACCUAUACGUCAAUCCUCAGAACUCUGCUAAAUCUGCCGAUGGUUCGCAUCUUGUGGCAAAUGUAUCAGAUGAAGAAAUGCAGGAACAUUAUGACAAUUUCUUUGAAGAUGUUUUUGUGGAAUGUGAAGAUAAGUAUGGUGAAAUAGAAGAAAUGAAUGUAUGUGACAACUUGGGAGACCAUCUUGUUGGAAACGUGUACAUUAAGUUCAGGCGUGAAGAAGAUGCAGAGAAAGCUGUUGCUGAUUUGAACAACCGUUGGUUUGGAGGGCGCCCUGUGUAUGCAGAAUUGAGUCCUGUCACAGAUUUCCGUGAAGCUUGUUGUCGUCAGUAUGAAAUGGGAGAGUGCACUCGCAGUGGUUUCUGCAAUUUCAUGCACUUGAAACCAAUAUCAAGAGAGCUUCGUCGUUAUUUGUAUAGCAGACGCAGGAGGGGCAGAAGAUCCCGUUCACACAGCCGAAGCCGUGACCGUGAUGGAGAAAGGAUUGCUGGAUAUAGACGUUCAAGGUCAAGAUCACGAGGCCGUGAUAGAGAUCGUGACAGGGACCGCAGGAAGAAGGGAGGUGACCGCGGUCGGUCCGACAAGGAUCGAGAGGGCCGUUCUGGUCGUUACUAAGUGUAGUCUUAAGUGUCGUGCAUUUCCAAUGUGAAUAUUAGGUUCAUAAAGACUUUGUGUAUGUUCGUCUAGUGCACUGAGUAUGUUAAGUAAGUUUUAAUAAAAUAAGUGAGAACCUGA